CCUGGGAAGCCGCGCAGCUUCGCGGGCCCGGCUCUUCCAAUCGGAGUGCGUCGUUCUCCGAGUUGAAGACGGCCUCACCUGAUAUAAAACAAAUGCUUAAAAAUGAAACAGAGUUGGAUAUUACUGCUGAUCUCAGAAAGAAACUCCAUCGGGCAAAGAAAGAAAAAUUAGAAAUAACAACUAAGCACAAUGCCGAGUUGGCCAGUUAUGAGAGCCAGAUUGCGAAGUUGCGCUCUGAGGUUGAAAGAGGAGAGGCAUUGCGGCAGAGUCUGGAGUAUGACCUGGCGGUCGCCAGGAAGGAAGCUGGUUUUGGAAGACGGGCUGCAGAGGAGAGAUUAGCUGAGGCACACAGGAUCCAGGAAAAACUGUGUGCUCAGAAUUCAGAACUUCAAGGAAAAGUAAGUGAGACUGAGAAACUACUGCAGAUUUCCCAGCAAAAAUGGAAAGAAGAAUGCAGGAGAUUUGAGUGUGAUUUGGAAGAAAGAGAUAAUAUCAUUCAGAAUUGCAAUCAGGAAUAUGAUUUACUUAUGAGAGAAAAAAUCAAACUAGAAAAAUUGUUACAGGAACAAGAUAGUACUGUACAAUGUAUGCAUAAAAAAGUAGAAAAAUUAGAAGCAGAACACAUGAACUGCUCUGACCUUUUACGGAGACAAACAAGUGAACUUGAAUUAAGCACUCAAAGAGAGGAAUGUCUGCGAAAAGAAUUUGAGGUAACUACUCUAAGAGUGAGGAAACUAGAAGAAAAUAUUGAAGCAGAAAGAGCAGCGCAUUUGGAAUCAAAAUUUAAUUCUGAAAUUAUUCAGUUACGAAUUCGAGACCUCGAAGGAGCGUUGCAGGUAGAAAAGGCCAGUCAAGCGGAAGCUGUUGCUGAUUUGGAAAUGAUCAAGAAUGAAUUCAAAGAAGUUGAAAACGCAUAUGAACGAGAAAAGCAUAAUGCACAAGAAAGCUUUACAAAACUAAAUUUAUUAGAAAGAGAGUUUCUCUCUAAAAACAAGAAAUUAAAUGAAGAGAUCGAGGAACAGAAGAAAGUAAUUAUAGACCUUUCAAAGAGACUCCAGUAUAAUGAAAAAAGUUUCAAUGAAUUACAGGAAGAACUUGUAAUGGCUAAGAAGCACCAAGCCUUUCUAGUGGAGACAUGUGAAAAUAACGUCAAAGAAUUGGAAUCGAUCUUGGACAGCUUUACUGCGUCGGGCCAGUGGACAUCAGGCAUCCACAAGGACAAAGAUAAACCUCCCAGCUUCUCAGUUGUCCUUGAGACUUUGAGGCGUACCUUGACAGAUUACCAGAACAAGCUGGAAGAUGCAUCUAAUGAGCUAAACAACAUGAAUGAUGCCAAGGAAAAAGCAUCCAAUGAACUUAAUUCUACCAAACAGAAGAUAGAAUCUCACACUAAAAAUAUAAAGGACCUUCAGGACAAACUGAAUGAUGCCUGUAAAGAGCUCAGUCACUCACGCACUAAAUGUGCUGACAGAGAGGCGCUAAUAAGCACUUUAAAACUGGAGCUGCAAAAUGUGCUACACUGUUGGGAGAAAGAAAAGGCACGAGCAGCUCAAGCUGAAAGUGAAGUGCAGAAGCUUUCCCAGGCUUUCCGUAAGGAUAGCGAGGAGAAGCUAACCUUCCUUCAUACCUUAUAUCAGCACUUGAUAGCAGGUUGUGUGCUCAUAAAACAACCAGAAGGCAUGCUGGAUAAAUUUUCUUGGUCUGAGCUUUGUGCAGUCUUGCAGGAGAAUGUUGAUGCCCUGAUCGCAGACCUCAACAGGGCUAAUGAGAAGAUAAAUCAUCUGGAGUAUAUCUGCAAAAAUAAGUCUGAUACCAUGAAAGAGCUUCAGCAGACCCAGGAGGAUACCUUCAACAAAGUAGCAGAGCAGAUGAAAGCCCAAGAGAGCUCCUGGCACAAACAGAAAAAGGAACUGGAGUUUCAGUACUCUGAACUUCUCCUGGAAGUACAGAAGAGGGCACAGAAAUUUCAAGAAAUUGCUGAAAAAAAUAUGGAAAAGUUAAAUCGUAUUGAGAAAUCACACGAACAGUUGGCUCUUGAAAAUUCACACUUCAAAAACGUAUUAUUACAGACUCAGAGGGAACAAACAUCCUUGCUAGCAGCCUGUGCAUUGAUGGCUGGUGCACUGUAUCCUCUCUAUAGCCGGUCAUGUGCUUUGUCAACACAGAGAGAUCUUCUCCAGGAGCAGGUCAACACCUUUGAGUUGUUCAAGUUGGAAGUAAGAGCUCUAGCCCAUGCUUUGUCGACUAUUGAGGAAAAAAAGCAAGAGGAAGCCAAGAUGCAGAAAAAGCCUUUUAAAGGAUUGAUACGUGUAUUCCGGAAAGGAGUUAUUGCAGUUUUGGCGGCAAACAGACUGAAACAUUUGGGCCAGUCAUGUGCCUCUCUUUUCACCUGGAUGGAGAAUUUUAAAGAAGGCAUAGGCAUGUUAGUAUGUACAGGAGAGCCCAAAGACAAGCAUAAAUUUCCAAAGCACCAAAAGGAACAAUUACGGAGUUUUCAAGCUCUCAGUUGGCUCACCAGUUCUGACCUUCUUACUGCAAUAAUCAGUUCUAUGGCUGAGCUACAGGAAGUCAUUAGUAAAACAGAUCCAAAUUCCAGAAUUAGUGGACAUUUACUCAUAGGUGCAGCAAAGAAUUCUUUUGCAAAACUCAUGGAUAAAAUUAGUUUGGCAAUGGAGAGCCUACCUCUGCAGAGUAGUAGAAGUAUUACAUAUGUAGAAAAGGAUUCCCUGGUUCAGCGGCUGGCCCGUGGACUUCAUAAAGUAAACACAGUGGCAUUGAAAUAUGGUCUCUCUGGGCAUGUACCCCUUUUGAAAAGUACAGCAUCUUUGCAGAAGCAAAUACUUGGAUUUACACAAAGACUACAUGCUGCAGAAGUGGAGCGUCGCUCAUUGCGCUUAGAGGUCACAGAAUUCAAAAGAAAUGUGAAUGAAAUGAAAAAGGAACUUGAAAAAGCCCAAGGGCUCCAAAUGCAGUUAAAUGAAUUUAAGCAUUCUAAAUUGAUCACCCAUGAGAAGUUUGAAAGUGCAUGUGAAGAGUUGAAUAAUGCAUUACUUCGGGAACAGCAAGCACAAUUGCUGUUGAAUGAACAAGCACAACAACUACAGGAAUUAAAUUACAGACUUGAAUUGCAUUCCAGUGAGGAGGCUGACAAAAACCAAACUCUUGGAGAAGCUGUAAAGAGUCUCUCCGAGGCAAAGAUGGAGCUGAGAAGAAAAGAUCAAUCUCUGCGUCAGCUCAAUAGACAUCUUACCCAGCUGGAGCAGGACAAGCGUCGACUAGAGGAGAACAUCCAUGAUGCAGAGAGUGCCCUCCGCAUGGCAGCCAAAGACAAAGAAUGUGUUGCUAGACAUAUGAGAACAGUAGAAAAUAUGCUUCAUAAGGUCAGAGAUCAGAUCUCGCUGUCACGGACUGCGGCAAGUAGGAAUGACUUCACCCUGCAGCUACCCAAACUCCACCUGGAAACCUUUGCAACGGAGGGGCUCAAGGGCGGGCCAGAGGUUGUAGCGUGCCAGGCUAUGAUUAAAAGCUUCAUGGAUGUCUACCAACUUGCAAGCAAUCGAAUCACUACAUUAGAGAAAGAAAUGACAUCGCAUCGAAAUCAUAUUGCUACCUUGAAAUCAGAACUUCACACGGCUUGUUUACGGGAAAAUGAAAGUUUACAAUCAAUGGGGUCACGAGACCAUUCAAAUCUCUCCAUGCCUUCAAGAGCUGCUCUUCCUGCUGGCACAAUAAAUGUGGGGGAUUUUUUGCCCUUGAAAGCUGAACUCGAUACCGCUUACACGUUCUUAAAGGAGUCAUUUAUACAGCCUGUGCCCCACACUUCAUCAGCAUCUUACUCCUCUCCAGCGACUAUGUCUUCUAAUGCCAAAAGACCAACUCAGAUUGGAUUAUGACUUUAUUAAAUAAAAGUAGAUGCAGGAAGAAUUACCAGUACAAUUAAAAUCGCUUUGAAGAUAGAUUGGAUUUUUCUUAUCAGUGGAAUUUUGUUUCAACACAGCUCGGCGGUGGGUUUUAAAAAAUUAUGUGCUGCUAUCUUGAUGUGUACAGGUAUCUCUGUCUCCUGGAAUAAUGAAAUAACCAACUUUUCCCCCCUCUAAGUUUUAUUUAUUAUCACAGUUGCUCAUUUUUAUGUAACAUAUUUUUAAAUGUUAAAGAAUGACACAUUUUGGGUAAUUUCCCUCUGACUUAAAAAAUCAAUAAGCCAUUUUAGUCUCUAUCUAUCAAAGUUGUUUCAUACUUGUCUAUUUUAAAGCAGAACUGCAAUACUUUAAUAGGAUUGAGAGAGCUAUUUGAAAUGUAUGCCAAUGAUUCCUGUCAUUUCAUGGCAGCCCUGCCAUGGUUCACUGAGCCCCCUCUUCUCUCUUGUCAGCUCAACUGAAGACAAGCAUUUAGUUGCAAACUUUAAGCAGGUUGUGCAAAACAGAAAUGAUGUGGCUGCUUCUCCUCCUGCACAAUAAUGUCACUCCUGGUCAAUGUGAGAAGGUCAGGUUGCUCCUUGUAAAGCUACAUGAUACCACUUGCCCAUUUGAACAAGUUAAGUUAACUGCUGAAUCUGGUCCCUGCAGGCACUGAAAACUCAUCCUGUUAUCAAGUCUGCAUUUGGUAAGAAAGUAGAACAAUCGUGCUGGAAGGAUUUCUGUGGUAUGUUUAGGCACUUUUUAAAGGAUAGUUCCUUCCCCAGUAUGGUAGGUAAUAUAUUUCGUAUAAGCUGAAAAACUUCAAGGUAAUGGCUGUUUUGACCUUCAAAAUAGACUCCUUUUUUUUGUUUUUGUUGUGGGCAGGACCCAAGAGUGACGCCCAUCUUUGAUGCUGACAGAAUUUAAAACAAGGCCAUUGCCCUGCAUUUUCUGCCUUGUAGCACACAAAAGUAAAAUUGUAUGUCAGGCCGAGAUGUCGGGGAGCUGACAAGAUGCCCCAGUGACAUUUCAGCUAGAAAGAGCAAGUGUCUUGCAACCAAGUGGUCAAAUAUCAAAUAAUAGGUCAAGCAGGAAGGAGCUGAGUUCUAACCACAAAGAGGUUUCUGGUAACUUACUUGACAAGCUUUUGGGCGCUUUGUGGCUUGACAAAGUGAUGUUCUGUUGGGUAUCGCUAGACAGACUGUUCUUUAUCGCCUUCAGAAGAUCAGACAUUGACAUUGAUUAAACUCUUUAACCCUUAAAGGUUAAAUCCUCACGGUUUGCAUUGUGGUAAGUGAAGAACAAAAGGACAUUCGUAAUAUGUAUUUGGUUUUGUAUUAAUCACUUAACUCCCAAGUGAUACUAACUUCUGAUGUGAACUGUAUUUUUUUGACAAGUUUUGAUGCAAAAAUCCAUAUUUUUAAAUUCUUUUUCAUUAAGGACUAUUUCAUUAUUGAUACAUUAGAAAAAUAACAGUAUGUUUUCCAGAGUGUCUAUUAUCUUAUUUUUACAGUUACAUUUGAUUAAAAAAUACCCAACUUCUGAAAAUUUUUUUAUUGGUCUUUGUAAAAUAAAUUUGCAUGCUGACAUUUUGUUAUUAGCCAAAUCAGCCAAGUGAUUUAUACCAUUUGAGGUAACAGAGUACUACUCUGUAGUUAAUGCAAUAUUCUAUCUUACUGAGCCACAAUAAUUAGCUUUACAUAAAUCAUUAGAAAGUUCUUUGUGUAGAGUAAAAUGAUAUCUCUAACCACAUUUCUCUUAAUUCCUUCUUUGAAAUUCUUUGUAUUAAUCAUUGAAUAUUAUAGAACAUGCCCUGUGAAAUAUCACAUAUGUGAAAUUCAACUUGCAAAUUCAUUGUAACAUAGAUAAUGCUAUUGAUUGUUUUUUAGAGAUCUUAUAAUAAUUUUUGUACAUUUCAAGACUCUUCUGCCAUUCCAUACAAUAAUUAAGAUAUUGUCAUAUAGAAAUUUGUAUACAUCUUUUAACUCAUGGAUAUUGCUGAACUUCCAAUUUUCACACUGUAGAAAAACAUUGUUGUUAUGUUUCACUUAUGUCUGUGCUCGUGCAUUUAUGUAUUUUUGUGCUGAAUGCUUUUUCAGGUUCCACUGAUUUAAGAGGAAUGAGCACCUUUGUAAACUUUGCCUUGGUUUAGGCAAAGACCUAUGGUAUUCCUGCCAUAAUUUUAUAUUCUAUUAAA